AAAGUAGUACACAUGCUCGCCCCAAGCAGUCGGAUAUUAAUCACUCAGUAUGGAUCAAGUCGGGUAAUACCCGACAGAGCGAAAUCAAAUUAGCAUAACUACCUAAAACGUAAAAAAGUUUAUUAUGGCGUAAUUGUAAACAAAUUUCAUCCAACUUGAGCAAUUCCAUGAAAGAGUGAUGUGGUCAAUUCCAUGAAAGAGUCAGCAGCUAAGGAUCUUCUGAAUGUGAGUGGUGACGAUUAUAAGUACAAGAAGCUUCUGCAGGAUCUCAUAGUUCAGAGCUUGCUUAGACUGAAGGAACCUGCUGUCUUGCUGCGAUGCCGUGAGGCGGACGUCAAUCUGGUAGAAUCUGUCUUGGAAUCCGCCAAAGAGGAAUAUGCUGAAAAGGCACAGGUUCAUGCACCAGAAAUUCUGUUGGACCAUCAAAUCUAUCUGCCACCUGCUCCUAGCCACCACAAUGUUCAUGCUCUUUCUUGCUCUGGAGGUGUGGUCCUGGCGUCCCGAGAUGGAAAGAUCGUGUUUGAGAAUACCCUCGAUGCACGUCUGGAUGUUGUGUUCCGUCAGAAGCUCCCCGUGAUCCGCAAGUUACUCUUCAGCCAGGUUGCUGCUUGAUGUCCGUGAUUGUAUAAUUGUUUUCACGUAUUAUGAAUUGCCAACUCUUAUGUCCAGAAACUCGAUGGUUUUGUAGAACAUAUCACCGAUUGUUUGGGGUUGUGUAUUUUUUUCGUGUUUGCCAAAUAACUUGCUAUUCGUAGAGAAUUCUGUUGUUUUCGUUAGUGUAUGCAAUAAUAAACAGAACGAAAAAAAUGUUUGUGGAAUUCAAGUGGUGACUUUUGUGAUUGAUCAUUUUUGCAUUUGGUGUAUGUCUAACGUCUGUGUACACUCAAUUGCUUUUCAUGC